AUGAAGACCCCCACCCAAAAACACCGACACCAUCACCUCCGGAGGGCUCAGGUUACAGGCCCACCUCCCCCCCCCGGUCGAAGAGAACCCCGAUUGUCCCAGCCAGCGCUAACUCACUCCAUCAAAAUGCUAAUAGAAAGUUGUCAGUCUGCAUACAAACAACAUGACAUGACAUAUUGCCAUUACGCUGGUGGGGGGGGGGGGGGGGGGGGGGGGGGUGUGAGGAUAGGGGGGGGGGGGGUGUUAGGGUCGCUGUUCCCGCACAGACCCCGAGCGUACCCAGACCCAGAUGCGGUGUAG